AUGAAUACAGAAAAAACUAAGGUGAUGACAAACUCUAUCAAGACAGAAAUCAAAGUGAAUGGAAAGAUAUUAGAGUAUGUAGAAGAAUAUGUUUACUUAGGGCAAAUAAUCUCUCACGAAGACCAAAUGUUUAAAGAAAUACACAAAAGAAUUGCUAAUGGCUGGAGAAAAUACUGGGCAAUGAAAGAAAUAAUGAAGAGCAAGGCUAUGAAUAUAGGUCUAAAGAAAAAAGUAUUUAAUACCUGUAUACUGCCCUGUGUUACAUACGGAUGUGAGACUUGGUCCCUUACACAGUUACACAGGAAAAAACUGUCAACAUUCCAGCAUGCAGUUGAAAGAAGUAUGCUCGGCAUCAAGAGGAAAGAUAAAAUUCGAAACACCGACAUACGGCGUAGGACAAAACUAACCGACAUACUGAUCAGAAUAGACCAACAAAAAUGGAGGUGGACAGGACACUUGAUGCGUUCUUCUUCUUCUUCAAAGAACAAAUGGAGCAACAUCGUCACACACUGGUAUCCACGUAACGGCAAGAGAAGUAGAGGACGGCAAUACAGACGAUGGGAGGACGAGCUAAAACUGACAGCAGGCCCAAACUGGAGGAGAGUCGCCUUGGACAGAACACAGUGGAAAGAAUUGGAGGAGGCCUUUGCCGAAAGGCACACUGUAAUUAGGGAUAUUUUAUAA